CCCUAAAAUUCGUGGACUCGUCCAUAUAAGGAAAAUGGCCUUCGACGAGUGUCAAACCUCGUAAUAUGAUUGCAGGCAGGCAAGGCGGCUUGAUGCCAGUAACAGAUACAAACUGCCAGUCGCUGCCUGUUGCUGCCCUAUAUGUAGCGGUGUUACCCCCUCUUACCCACCCCAUAAUCCAGGCAAGCAGCCAUGGACAAAGCACCGGCAUCACGUGAGCUUGGCGUCCUCUUUUCGAACCUCAGCGUCCUUGGUUCUGGUUCAGCGGCGUCGUAUCAUCUUACCUUUGAGUCGUUCUUCAACCCACGACAUCUCUCGGAUUUCCUCAACGAGUUCUUGCGGCCGCCCAGAAAGCGAAUUCUGGACGAGUUCGAGGGUGUGGUAUGGCCCGGCCAAAUGCUACUCGUCCUCGGACGUCCAUCCGCAGGCUGUUCCACACUCCUCAAGACUCUCUCCUGCCAAACCCACUCCUUUUCCUCAGUCGAAGGCUCGGUCCAUCUCGGCCCGUUCACUCCCGCCGAGAUCUCGUCCCGUCUCCGCGGCGACGUCACUUACUGCCCCGAAGACGAUAUCCACUUCCCCACACUCACCGUCCACCAAACGCUUUCCUUCGCCGCAACGACUCGCACCCCGCGAGGUUCCACUCCUCAACAAUUCCGCAGCCAACUCGUCGAUGUAUUGCAGAACAUCCUUGGACUGUCCCAUACUCGCAACACCGUCGUCGGCAACGAAGCCUUGCGCGGUGUCAGCGGUGGAGAGAAAAAACGUGUCAGUGUCGGAGAAAUGCUGGCUGUUCGUUCCUCUCUGGGCUGCUGGGACAACACAACUCGUGGAUUGGACUCGUCUACUGCCUUGGACUUGAUACGGCAUUUUAGAACCGCAACAUCUCUACCGAAAGGAAGGCUCACGACCAUUAUGGCCCUUUAUCAGGCUAGUGAUGCCCUUUAUGAUGUCUUCGAUAAGACCUGUCUUUUGUAUCAGGGGAGGAUGGUGUAUUUUGGUCCCGCCCACAUGGCCAGGGCCUAUUUCGAAGAGCUGGGUUUUGAGAGGGCUAGUGAGGGUCAAACCGUUGGCGAUUUCUUGGUUAGCGUGACUGAUCCAAACGAGAGAAUCGUUCGCAACGGUUUUGAAUCCUCUGCACCUCGUACCCCCGCCGAGUUCGCUCAAAGGUUCCUGGACAGUGAACUGGGCAGGCUAAACCGUGAGGAAAUGCAAACAUAUCGUCGCGACAUCCUAGGAACCGAACCGAACAAAGCCCAGCAACUCAAAGACCGGUACAUGGAGAGUAUUGCUCAAGACAAGUCUCGUUCUCUCCCAAAGACCAGUCCGUUUACGGUAUCGAUGUGGGCUCAGUUGCUUGCAUUGAUGAUGAGGAGAGUGCACAUUUUGAGGGGGAGUAUUAGGGACCAGUUUAUGAUUUUUGCCUCCUUUGUCAUUUUUGGUAUCGUCCUUGGCACCGUCUAUUACAAUUCUCCAGUAUCCACCGAUGCGUAUUUCUCUAGAGCUGGCGCUUUGUUUUACACUGUUCUCUUUCUCACCCUCUCUUCAAUGUCCGAAAUCCCCAUCCUCUUCUCUCAACGUCCCAUCGUCAUCCGUCAAUACCACGCCGCCCUCUACCUCCCCUUCCUCGAGGCUCUCUCCCAAACCCUCGUCGACAUCCCCAUCUCCUUCAUAACCACCCUCGUUUAUAGCAUUAUCAUCUACUUCAUGGUUGGCCUUCAAACCACCGCUGCCCAAUUCUUCACCUUCUUUGUCACCCUUUUCGCAUUGGCGAUGACGAUGAAGGUCUUUAUAAGGAGUCUCAGCGCAGCUGUCGGGUCUCCAGCUCCAGCCCAGACCUUGGCUGGUGUUGCCUUGCUGGCGUUGAUUUUGUACACUGGCUUUGCGUUGCCAAGGCCGAGUAUGAUUGGGGGGUUGAGAUGGAUAACUUAUCUUAACCCAAGUCGUUGGGGUUUCGAGAUCCUUAUGUCCAACGAGUUCCAUACCAUCAAUGCGACUUGCUCUAAUCUCGUUCCAUCUGGUCCUGGAUACUCGGAUAACCUCAACGUUUCUCUGGCCAACCAGGCUUGUGCGACGCUUGGGAAGGUGCCCGGACAGAGUACGGUGGAUGGAAAUGCUUACAUUGAUUUGAGUUAUCAGUACAAGUAUGUAAAUGCUUGGAGAAACCUCGGUAUCGUCUUUGCCUACGGAGUCCUCUUCCUCCUCCUCCUACUUGUUUUCACUGAAAUCAACACCUGGAUUGCGACACAGAGGGAGGUCACCUACUUUACUCGGACUUCUUCUGGUGUCUCCCCCCUUCUUGACAACGGAGCCGGUGACGAGGAAGCAAGUGUAGCGGAGAAAGACUCGUCGGCGGCUCCUGGUCCCACCACGAAGCCCUCUAGCACCACCGGUCCUAAUACCCAAACCCAACCCAGAAAGAUCUUCACCUGGCACCACCUCACCUACGAUGUCCCCAUCGCGGGAGGUGACACUCGUAGACUCCUAGACAACGUCUCAGGAUUUGUCGCUCCCGGAAAACUCACAGCUCUCAUGGGUGCAAGUGGAGCUGGCAAAACUACUCUACUCAACACACUCGCUCAACGUAUCUCGAUUGGAGUAGUCUCAGGGGACGUUUUUGUUGGUGGAAAGACCUUGCCUGCGGAUUUCCAAGCCCAGACGGGAUAUUGUCAGCAGCUGGAUGUUCAUUUGCCUACGUGUACUGUUCGUGAAGCCUUAUCCUUCUCAGCCAAACUUCGUCAACCAAAAUAUGUCCCUGUGGCGGAGAAAGAGGCGUACGUCGACACAGUCCUUCGCAUGUGCGGAUUAGAGAAUUACGAGCAUGCCAUCAUUGGCUCUCUCAAUUUGGAAUUCAGCAAGCGCACAACCAUUGCCGUAGAACUCGCCGCCAAGCCCGAGUUGCUUUUAUUCCUUGAUGAGCCGACGACGGGAUUGGACUCGCAGAGUGCUUGGGCCAUUGUGACGUUUUUGAAAGAGUUGGCGCGGGAAGGGCAGGCGGUGCUUUGUACUAUUCAUCAGCCCUCUGCCGAACUGUUCAACAUGUUUGAUAGGAUACUUCUUCUGAAAAGCGGGGGUCAGACCGUGUAUCAAGGAGAACUUGGAACCCAUGGCCGGUCUCUUAUUAAGUAUUUCGAGCAGAACGGGGCUAGGCAAUGUCCGACGGAUGCCAAUCCUGCUGAGUACAUGCUCGAUGUCAUCGGGGCAGGAGUGGGACACGAUAAAAUCGACACAGGCAAUGACUGGCACCAAAUAUGGGUCACCUCGCCGGAAUCCAAACGACUCGAUCAGGAACUCGAUGGCAUUUUGGAAAACGGACGAAAAAACUCGGACGUCGAUGCACGGCAACGCGGGGAGUUUGCGAGUAGCUGGUAUACCCAGAUGACCACUCUUCUCAAGAGGGAUUUCCAGCGACAUUGGAGAGAUCCGAUGUAUAUGAUGAACAAGCUUAUGUUGAAUAUCAUUGGAGGGGUGUUUAUGGGUUUCACCUUUUUUCAGGCCAAGGAUACGUUACAGGGAACACAGGACAAAGUGUUUGCCACGUUCAUGGCUUUCAUCCUCUCUGCCCCCAUCGGUGAUCAGAUUCACAUCCCUUUCAUACAGACUCGCAGUAUAUACGAGCUGCGAGAGCGUGCCAGUCGCAUUUACAGCUGGACAGCUCUGACUACUGCUCAGCUUAUAGCUGAAACCGUCCUCAACGUCAUUGGGUCCACUGUUUUCUUCGUCAUCUGGUAUUGGAUCGUCGGCCUUCCAACAGACCGUGCGGGUUACUCGUAUUUGAUGAUGGGCUUUACGUUCCCUUUCUUCUAUACCAGUUUUGUCCUCUCAUUGGCGGCCAUGGCUCCUAGUUCACUGAUAGCAUCAUUACUCUAUUUCGGGCUUUUCACUUUUGCGGUCACUUUUACUGGCAUGCUCCAGCCUUACCGUAGACUCGGGUGGUGGAAGUGGAUGUAUCGCGUCAACCCGUUCACCUAUCUCGUCGAGGGGUUUGCGGGACAAGCUGUUGGCCACGCUGAGCUUACUUGCUCCUCGAUUGAACUAGUUCCUAUCACACCUCCCUCGGGGAUGUCGUGUCACCAAUAUCUUGAUCCUUUCAUUCAGAACGCUAGUGGCUACUUGGCGGACUCCACUCCUGGUUCAAGUUGUUUGUACUGUGCAGCACGUACGACGGACGAAUUUCUCGAUGCCAACUUCCACAUACAGUACUCGCAUCAUUGGAGAGACCUCGGUGUAGUGUGGGGAUAUGUGGUGUUUAACGUGGUAGCCAUCUUCGUAUUGACAUAUGUCUUCCGUAUUCGGGGAAUCAGGUUAAGAGGGUCUCAUGACUAAUUGGUACACUCGACGUCUUUUCGUUAUACAGUUUCCCCCGGUCCGUGAUUGUUCUCAGCAAUUUCUUGAUAUUCCAACUAUACCUCGCAUCCAAUGAUUAUAUUGGGUGUUCCCCGUGCUAGUAAUGAUUUUUGAGGUAUUCAAGUAACGAGUAUUUGGGAAUUGAUCACGGUUUUAGCAGACAUUCAACUUAGUUUACAUUAUACAGAUUAUCUCUCGUUCCCAUGGUCGAUUCUCGGUCACGAUUACCAAUCAUGGUCACUUCUGUUUAGUCUUUGCCGCCACCUUUCUGAUGCAACGAUUGCCAUCGCCAGUUCCACAGCACAAGACCGCGUAUUAUCGGUCGCGGAUAAUCUGUAAAAAAUCG